AGCUCACAGAUGGGACUUUAGCAGAGGCGGGAGGUGCAGGUUUAGAGGCCUACAAUUAGGACGAAGGAGGUGUGAGGAGCUAUAAUUUUACAGCGGAUACUGGAGAAACACUUCAAGUAUGAAUCAAGGCAAGAUGAGUGUGCAGCCGGCAGACCGAGAUGCACCUGGUCAACACGCACCAUUCAGAAAAUAGAACAAAAACUGCAGAUGGGAGCAGUUUAUCUUUAUAAACCUCAUGAUGUAAAUGGACCCGACGGCACAAUCACAUGCAGGCAACACAAAAGAAGCGGACAUCAAAAGAGCAGCGGCUGUCUCUGCAUUUCAAAGCGCACGACUCUGGCCUCUCUUUAAUAAAAGCACUUGUUUUAGGACGACACGGUGCUCGUGUCUGCUUAAAAUGGACCUCCCUCUUCCAUUGAGAUUAAACAGGUCUGUGUGCUAUGCGUGAGGGCUUGUAACCUCUUCACACUUUUCUUAAUAGUGAGCGUACACAAUUCACGUACGACACUUCAUGUGAUUUGUCAGAUGUUGUCGUUGCAAUUCAAUUAAUAUACAGUAUUAUUUUCCAAUGAUUUGCAGUUUAAUGUUCUUCAAUUUAGUAUAUGUCCAACUCAGUUGGUAUAGCAGUGCAAAGAUAAAAAAUGCACAUACAUACUGAUAAAAUGUAUAUGGUGAAUGCACUGUUUGUGCAUACAUUUAAAUGUGUGUGUGUUUAUUUUUCAUGUAUGGAUCUCUUGCUUAUGUAAUUUAACCUUUUUACUGUUUAAUGUUUUAUAUGUAUUACCAUAUUUUACAUUUUUGUAUGGGAAUGCAUUGUGUUUAUAGGAAAAUGAAUUGUAAUAGAGACAAUUGUGUAAUGGAGCUGUCCACUGUUGUGGUGCUGAAACGUUGAUGACGCAGGCAGCUACGCCAGCGCGAGACGCACAGAAUGUUUUUACGGUACUCUAUUUGUUAUUUAAUCAGCCUAACGCAUUAUGUACAACAUAUCCACACAUCUAAUGGUAUCAUGCUAACGAAAUAUUGAUUUCAACAGAUGAAACCUACAAGAUGAUAAACUCAAUCCCAAUGCUUAGGGUUUCGUGGACGCGCGCGCAGCAUCGCUUCCGAGUGCGAUCAUUCUCAUAGUCUCCAUCCUGAUAAAACCACCUGGCUAUUUAUAGACAAAAAUUCCCCUCCUCUUCCAUGCGCAAUUCACCCCCCUCCCUCCCCAUCCCCCGGGACGCGUGCGUCCUACCCCAGGUAGAAAUUGACGUCAGAGCUGUUCGUAAUUUGACGUGUAAACAUCGCUUCCCCUUCACUGUCUCAUUGGUGGCGCUCCAUGCGCGUUCAAUUACUCGCUCCCGGCUCAUCAGAAUUAAUUCUUCGGCUACAGAUUUUUAUCGGAGGAAGUCAUUUGGAGCUGGGCUGAAAUUGCGUUUGUAUAUUUUAUUUAUUAAGUUAUUUGUACUUCAUUUGUAUUGUUCACGCGCGUCCUGACCAUCAACACGUUUUAAAGUGGUUGUGAUUAUUUUGAAAUGGAAGAAAGAUGUCGUCCAAUGUUGCUGUGCAGUGUUAUUGCUCUUCUCUGUGCGCUCGUGUCCUCAGCUGUGGACCGACAGUAUCUAAACGAAUGGGCGGUGGAGAUCCCGGGAGGAAAGGACGCUGCCCGAUCCAUCGCCGACGAGCUGGGUUACAAAUUAGUCCGACAGAUUGGGGAUCUGGAAAACCAUUAUUUAUUCAAGCGAUACAAUCACCCUAGCAGGACGAAAAGAAGUGCAGGACAUAUCACCAAACGUCUCUCAGAGGAUGACAGGGUGUCGUGGGCCGAACAACAGUAUGAGAAGCGGAGGGCCAAGCGUGCCCCACUGGGGACUGAAUGUAAGGAGUGCUCUGUGGACAAACUAUUCGAUGACCCCAUGUGGAACCAACAGUGGUACCUGCAAGACACCCGGACGUCUUCCUCCCUCCCCAAACUGGACCUUCACGUGAUCCCAGUCUGGAAGAAGGGCAUCACUGGUAAAGGUGUGGUCAUCACGGUCCUCGAUGAUGGCUUGGAGUGGAACCACACCGAUAUUUACCCCAACUACGAUCCUGCUGCUAGCUAUGAUUUUAACGACAACGAUCCCGAUCCAUUCCCAAGAUACGACUCUACCAACGAGAAUAAGCAUGGCACCAGAUGCGCUGGCGAGAUUGCCAUGCAGGCAGACAACAACAAAUGUGGCGUCGGGGUGGCCUACAAUUCGAAAGUGGGAGGGAUCCGAAUGCUGGAUGGGAUCGUGACGGAUGCCAUUGAGGCCAGUUCUAUAGGCUUUAACCCUGACCAUGUGGACAUCUACAGCGCCAGCUGGGGUCCAAAUGAUGACGGAAAGACCGUAGAGGGACCCGGUCGACUGGCCCAGAAAGCGUUCGAGUACGGCAUUCAAAAGGGGCGUGGCGGGAAAGGCUCUAUUUUCGUCUGGGCUUCUGGUAAUGGUGGGCGUCAGGGCGACAACUGUGAUUGUGAUGGAUACACAGACAGCAUCUACACCAUCUCUAUCAGCAGUGCCUCCCAACAGGGUCUCUCACCGUGGUACGCUGAGAAAUGCUCAUCUACGUUGGCCACGGCCUACAGCAGCGGAGACUACACUGACCAGAGAAUAACUAGUGCAGAUUUGCACAACGAAUGCACAGAGACGCACACCGGCACAUCUGCAUCCGCCCCAUUGGCUGCUGGGAUAUUUGCUCUGGCUUUGGAGCAAAACCCUGACCUGACCUGGCGAGAUCUGCAGCACUUGGUGGUAUGGACAUCUGAGUUCGAUCCUCUAGCCAACAACCCGGGCUGGAAAAAGAAUGGAGCUGGAUUGAUGGUCAACAGUCGUUUCGGCUUCGGUCUACUGAACGCCAAAGCCCUGGUCGACCUGGCCGAUCCCAAAGUCUGGAAUCACGUUCCAGAGAAGAAACAGUGCAUCGUCAGAGAUGAGACAUUUCAGCCGAGACCAUUAAAAGCAGCAGGUGAAAUUUCCAUCGAGAUUCCCACCAAGGCCUGCGCGGGACAGACGAACUCCAUUGCGUCUCUGGAGCACGUGCAGGUGGAGGUCAGCAUCGAGUACACACGGAGAGGUGACCUCCACAUCACCCUCACAUCUCCUUCAGGCACCACCACAGUGCUGCUGGCAGAGCGAGAGAGGGACACAUCAUCCAACGGUUUCCGGAAUUGGGCCUUCAUGUCCGUGCACACCUGGGGAGAGGAUCCCACGGGUACCUGGAUCCUAAAGAUCACGGAUACGUCAGGCCGGCUGGAGAAUGAAGGUCGGAUUCUCAGCUGGAAGCUGAUUUUGCAUGGCACAUCUGAGAAACCAGAACACAUGAUGAAGGCGAGAGUGUAUACGCCCUACAACGCUGUGCAAAAUGAUCGCAGGGGAGUGGAGCCAAUGGAAGACAUGAUUAAGGACAUUCCCACUCCAGCCCACAAACCUGAAAAUCCAAGUCGAGCAGCAGAUUCAGGCUCUCUUGCUUCAAACGCCUCCCCGGGCAUUCCAGCAGAAAAUCUGUCUGCCGGCCCUGACCCCUCCGAUGCCAACCUGGCCCUCUUACGCCUCCUCCAGUCGGCCUUUAACAGGCAGAGCCCUGCGAUUCCUCCUAACACUUUGGCUGCUUCUCCCAAAGUCAUGCAACAGGAACGGAUCCCUCCGCAGAAGUACUACCAGGCCCUGGAUCAGCUAAACCGGUACAGGGGCUCUGAGAACGGCUUAUUUAGUGACUACAGCGACAGCUUCUACAGAGCCCAGCCAUACAGGCACAGAGAUGACCGGCUGCUGCAGGCUCUGUUUGAUAUGCUCGGAGAUGACCAGGAGUGAGACAGGAGAAAAGAUGGGGGGAUAGGGUAAGGAAUUGGGAGGGACUGGAUGCAUCCUUGCUGAAAAGACCAGCAGAAAUGCCUAGACAUGCUGUUUAGCACAAAAAGCCAGCUGGUUAACAUAUUCGUGUUAAGUAAAAAGCAUGCUCUUUUUUAGUGAGGUAGCAUGUUCUUGCCAGUUAGCAUGUUAUUUCUGUUUACGCCUAGUGAAAUAUUUUAGCUGGUUUAGCUGAUCAGUUUAUGUAUGUAGCUUUGCUGCUAUAGAGGUUUGUACAGGCUGGUCGUCUUUGGUUAAGCAGCCUUGCUGUUAACCAGAGUAUACCAGCAUCUAAUAUUUACUGGUAACCAGUGGUGCUGGCAUGGGCAUCGGAACCAUUAUAUGUGGGUGGGACAAGACCUACCCACUUUAUAAGACCAAUGAUAUUAGACCCACUUACUUUUUAUCUAAUUUAGCGCAUAAGUCAGUUCAUUUGUUAGAGCGCCGUCAGUCAAAUUCAUUCCACUAGAGCAGUGGUCUCCAACAUAGUCUGUGAGUUGCCCACCAAAGCACAUUAUUAAUAGCUUCAAUUUUAAUAUAUAUUUUUUUUAUUUUAAACAGUAAUAAAACACAUCAACAAGUAAAAUAAAAACGUUUUGAGUAGACUAUAUCACAAAAGUAAACAUCCAGAUUGUUUUAUCCAUUGUGGUAGCACUUGCAGUAGAGGAAUUUCCUAAUAAAUUAAACUCCGUUCCGCGUUUUAGGUACAGCUUUGACUUCCGCGCUGCUGCUUCCUCAAAUUCCAUUUGGCUCAUUUAGUUAUAAAUAAAUUAAAGUCCAUUUCGUGUUUUCACUACUUUCGGCAACGGCACUGCCGCGAUUGCCGCGACUCAAGGUAAACGAACCUGAUAGACUUGUUCGACGUCAUGCGGUGUUUCAAGAAUCGACUGUCCGAUGACGUAAAAGUACCGCGAGAGCGAUUGAAGAAAUUUGACAAAGUCGUCUUAUUUCGACUCGCUCUCGCGUUACUCUGACGUCAUUCGCCUAUAACAUACCGUUAUAGUUUUUAAUUAAAAGGCACCAGAGUAGAAGAAAAUGUCAUCCACUGCAGUAAAUCUUUUAGACCCACCCACAUUUUUUUGCUUUCGACGCCCAUGGGUGCUGGUCUUUUCAGCAGGGUGAAGAAAUAAAAACAAAAGUAAGUAAAAAGUCGAGUGUGUGUGUGAGGAGAGUAACGUUAGAGUUUGGUUAUCUUCCAGACAAGCUUGUUCUUAUCUGCACAUGUAGUUAUCGACUAUAAGCAUACUAAGACAUGUGUUUGUCAGUGUGAGUGUUUGUAUAUCUGUGGUAAACAGCCAGCUGUCUUUAUCCCUCAGUUUUGAACCAGGAUACUAAAAAAAAACCCAUAAAAAAACAUUACAGCUCCACAGGUGUGACAACCUGUAUCAGUGUCAUAUGAAUAAUUAUAGGACCAAUCAUGAUCUGUCUUACAUGUCUUAACCUAUAUAUUUUCCUUAUAAUGCCUUCACUGCCACACAUGCAUGCUAUAAAACAUGUUUACAUUAAGAUGUUAUCCCAAAUAUUUAUGUGUAAAUUGUUUUUUGAGACCUCAGUGUCUCUUAACAUGUGAAUUAAUAUAAGCUACUUUAUGCAGUACAAAAAAUAUCAUUGUACUUUAACUGGGCCUUAUUAUUAUUAUCCAUUGCAUUUUAGCAGAGGUUGCAAACGGAAUUUAUGUAAUGUGGUAUUUUACAGAGCUGUGCUUCCCAACCAAGUUUUUAUUGACCCCUAGAGGUCCAACAUGCAACUGCAGGAGGUUUAGACUGACUAAUGCCAUGUUACAUUUAUGCAUUUGGCAGAUGCUUUAAUCUGAAGCGACUUACAGUGCAUUACAAUUUAAGCAUCAGUAUGUGUGUUUCUGAAGUUCGAACCCAUGACCUUUUUGCUAACCCAAUACUCUACCAAUUGAGCCACAGAAAAAGUUAAGUCUGAUAACGAUAUUAUCUAC